ACGACACAGAGAUGUUCAUGAUCAUUCAGAAGGAAUCUUCCGCCGGAGGAGGCGUUACAGAAGGGAUGAGCACGCCGCAGGAGAAAACAGCAAAACAGGUAAAAGCAGCGAUCAGUAAGAAGGUCCAGAAACAGCAGAAUAAGCAGAGGAGGCGGUCCAGUGAGCAGAGUGGAGUCCCUGAGGUCUCAGCGGCUGGAGUCAAGCCCCCCCAUGGUAGGUGGUGCAGCCAGAACCCCACCCCCUUCCCCGUGUCAGCGAGGGACAAAGAGAGGGGUACAGGGGACGAAGAGGAGGAUCUGGAUGUGGAGGACAAGGUGGCAGAUAUGAUGAGGACGGGUGGUCAGAAGCAGCAAGAGAAGGAGCCGAUAGACCUGCUGCCUAUAAUGGACCCAGCUUUCGGACCGGACAGGGACCUACGACCCGAGGAGAUUGAAGAGCUCCGCGAGGCGUUUCUGGAGUUUGAUAAGAAGAAGAAUGGCUACAUCAGCUACAAGGACCUAGGAGAGUGCAUGAGGACCAUGGGCUACAUGCCCACAGAGAUGGAGCUCAUCGAGCUUGGCCAGUCCAUCUGUGGGGGCAAACUAGACUUUGAGGACUUUGUGGAGCUGAUGGGCCCAAAGAUGCUGGCAGAGACAGCAGAUAUGAUCGGAGUGAAAGAACUGCGAGACGCAUUCAAGGAGUUCGAUACUAACGGUGAUGGUCAGAUCAGUAUAAUGGAGCUUAGGGAGGCCAUGAAGAAACUGAUGGGAGAACAGCUGACAAACAGAGAGAUUGAUGAGAUCCUCCGGGAUGUGGACCUCAACGGGGAUGGACUGGUCAACUUUGAGGAAUUUGUUCGAAUGAUGUCACGCUGAGAUAAACAGACGGAGUCGUUGUGCAACAACUGGAAAAGGGACCACUGCAUUUGUAGUGAACAUUCGUGCACCAUGCUAGUGACUGAGCAUCGAUUCUAAAGCGUUAUUUUUGUUAAGCAGCACUUACAACGUUAUUUUGUUAAGCAGCACUUACAACGUUCAUUUUGUUAAUUAAGCAGCACUUACAACGUUCAUUUUGUUAAGCAGCA